AUGCAGAUCGCGGAACGCGGGCGUGUAGUUGACGACGUCGCCGACCAAAUCGGAAAUACGCCGACAGUCGACAUAUCGCAGUUCAGCCCGAACCCAGACGUCAGCUUAUUCGCGAAACUCGAAUCGUUUAAUCCGACCGGGAGUGUCAAGGACCGCGUCGCGUUGUCCUUGAUUGAUCAAGCUGAGCGCGACGGAUUGUUGGUGCGAGGCAGUGGUGGCGUUAUCUUGGAACCGACUAGCGGCAACACCGGUAUCGGGUUGGCGUUGAUUGGGCGUUUACGCGGUUACCAGGUUAAAGCGGUAAUGCCCGAGAGCGUGAGCACCGAGCGUGUGCAACUGUUGCAAGGUUUCGGUGCGGAGGUGAUUUUUUCGGCCGCUGAAAAAGGGACGAAUGAAUCGAUUAACGUUGCGAAGGAAUUGGCUCACGAAAAUCCCUCGUACUUCAUGCCAUACCAGUACGGUAACAAAGCCAACCCCCAAUCCCAUUACGUGGCGACCGGACCAGAGAUUGUCCGUGAUGUGCCGGACGUCGAUAUGUUUGUAGCGGGGCUCGGCACGGGUGGAACACUCAUGGGUGUCGGCAAGGCGCUGCGGGAGCACAACCCAAACGCAAAAAUCGUGGCAGCGGCGCCGCAUCCCGAUGACAAGGUUCAGGGUUUGCGAUCCAUCGAGCAUGGAUUUAUUCCCCCGAUCCUCGACCUCGAUGCGCUUGAUGCAAGGAUCAUGGUCGAGGCUGAAGAGUCGUUUUUUUGGACGAGGAAGCUAUUGUUGGAUGCCGGCAUAUUUGUGGGUGUUUCUUCAGGUGCGGUAUUGGCGAGUGCGAUCAGGGCGGCACGACGAUUGGAGAGCGGAACGAUCGUAAUGCUGUUUGCGGACGGUGGAUGGAAAUACCUUUCCACGGGCAUCUACACGCGCGAUUGGAGUGAUAUCCAGAAUGAAGUGGAAGGACAGACGUGGUGGUGA